UUCAGGAUGUCCAGCUAAAGGAGCAGCGCAGAUGGCCCAACAGAUUUAGCGAGUGGAAGCCAGUCCAGCAUCCCCGAGGAGAGGUCUGGAGCUGAGCCUGGGAGGGAUACAUACUCAGAAAUUGAAGUGGUGGACCCAGAACUGAGCUUGACAUUGACGGGAGAUGGUGGUGGUGCCGGGGAUGGUAGAGGCCCCAAACAAACCAGCACCAAAAACCAAGGCACAAACCCAGAACGAUCAGGUGGUGAUAAUGACUUUGACAGCAUGGAGGGCACUGGUUAUUUCUCCAUCAUUAAUGAAAACCUUGCCCUUCACCGCCCAGAGGAAGGAGAAGAAAUAAGGGAGGAGGAAGAGGAGGAGGAGGAGGAGGAAAAGGAGGAAGAAGAACAGCCUCAGGUAUCUGUAGAAUGCAGUGAAACUAGCCAUGAUCAGUGUUUAUCAGAUGAGGAUCAGGCCCUGGAGGAUUGGGUGACCUCAGAGACAUCAACCCUGCCCCGACCUCGCUGGCAAAUCCUUAGUGCCCUUAGAGAGCGGCAGCUGGGUUCAAAUGUCCACUUUGUAUAUGAGGCCUGUGGGUCAGGAGUCUUGGUGCAGCGUUUUCUCCUGCAGCACGAGCUUGAGGGCCAUACCGGUUGUGUCAAUUCUGUGCACUUUAACCAGCGUGGUACUUGGCUGGCCAGUGGCAGUGAUGGCCAAAGGGUGAUAGUGUGGGACUGGGUGUGGCAGCAACCGGUACUGGACUUUGAUAGUGGCCAUAAAAGUAAUAUCUUUCAGGCUAAGUUCCUUCCUAACUGUGGUGAUUCCAUUCUGGCCACGUGUGCCCGUGACGGGCAGGUACGGCUAGCAGAACUAUCUGCCCUACCACACUGCAGUAAUACCAAGUGUGUGGCCCAGCACAGGGGAGCUUCCCACAAGCUGGCCCUGGAACCAGACUCCCCCUUUAAGUUCCUGACUUCUGGUGAAAAUGCAGUUGUCGUCUUCACCAUUGACCUCAGACAAGGCGGAGUGGCUUCAAAAGAGGUAGUAACAAAAGAGAAGGCGAAGAGAGUGGGGCUGUAUGCCAUACAUAUGAAUCCUGCAAAUACCUACCAGUUUGCAGUAGGUGGACGAGAUCAGUUUGUAAGGAUUUACGACCAGAGAAAAAUUGAUGAGAAUGAGAACAAUGGAGUACUUAAGAAAUUCUGUCCUCAUCACUUGGUGAACUGUAAUUCCAGAGUAAAUAUCACCUGCCUUGUGUAUAGCCACGAUGGCACAGAGCUCCUGGCCAGUUAUAAUGAUGAUGAUAUUUAUCUCUUAAACUCCUCUGACAGUGAAGGAGCCCAGUAUAUUAAGAGGUAUAAAGGGCAUAGAAAUAAUGCCACAGUCAAAGGGAUCAACUUCUAUGGCCCCAAGAGUGAGUUUGUGGUGAGUGGUAGUGAUUGUGGCCACAUCUUCCUUUGGGAGAAAUCAUCCUGCCAGAUCAUUCAGUUCAUGGAAGGGGACAGGGGAGGUACAGUAAACUGUGUUGAUUCCCACCCUUACCUACCUGUGCUGGCAACCAGUGGCCUAGACCAUGAUAUCAAGAUCUGGGCACCCACAGCUGCAGCUUCCAAUGAUCUUACUGGGUUAAAGGAUGUGAUUAAGAGGAAUAAGCGAGAACGAGAUGAAGACAGCUUGCACCACACUGACUUGUUUGAGAGCCACAUGCUCUGGUUCCUCAUGCGUCACCUGACACAGAGAGGUCAUCACCGGGGCUGGGGAGCUCCUGGAAAUGGGGUCAUGGAUGCAGACUCGGAUGAGUCUUCCAGCACCUCAGAUGCAUCCGAGGAGGGAGAUAGCCAAGACCAUGUGCAGUGCCUGCCAUCUUGA